ACGAAGAUGAAUUAAGAUUGCAUUGCAUUAGGCUUUCACAACACCUCAGCGUCACUGUACCAGUUGGAAAUGGAGACAAUAACAGAGAACGGAUCAGAUGGUGUGAGUUUGGCAAGAAAUACAUCCAACAACGCCCGUCGAGGGUUGCCAAUGAUCCAAACAAACAUGAAGCCAACGGAUUCGGAAUUCCAAGUGUGCCACGACGACAGCACCCCGCCGGUCAGAGCCCAAACCAUUCACGAGCUCCAUUCUCUGCAGAAGAAAAAGUCAACCCCUUCCACUCCCCUCUCAGCAACGCAAGGCCCCUUCGCCACUGUUUCCGAUGAGGAACGCCAGAAACAGCAACUCCAAUCAAUCAGUGCGUCGUUGGCGUCGUUGACGAGGGAGUCAGGGCCUAAGGUGGUGAAAGGAGACCCAGCCACUAAGGCAGAGAAGGGGACACAUGUUCAUCACCAUCCGCAACCACAUUACUUUGCUUCAACGGCGUUUGAUGUCAGUGACAGUGCGCUCAAAUUCACCCACGUCCUCUACAAUCUCUCCCCCGCUGAGCUGUAUGAGCAAGCGAUUAAGCACGAGAAAGGAUCAUUCAUAACGGCAACGGGAGCGUUAGCUACACUUUCUGGAGCAAAAACGGGACGCUCUCCCCGAGACAAACGGGUUGUCAGGGACGACACCACCGAGCAUGACCUCUGGUGGGGAAAGGGCUCGCCCAAUAUUGAAAUGGACGAACAUACCUUCUUAAUCAACAGAGAAAGAGCAGUUGAUUACUUGAACUCCCUUGAAAAGGUUUAUGUGAAUGAUCAAUUUCUGAAUUGGGAUCCAGAACACAGAAUCAAAGUCCGGAUAGUAUCUGCAAGAGCUUAUCACUCCCUAUUUAUGCACAAUAUGUGCAUCCGACCCACUCCUGAAGAGCUAGAGGAAUUUGGAACUCCAGACUUCACUAUAUACAAUGCAGGACAGUUCCCUUGUAAUCGUUACACACACUACAUGACUUCAUCAACUAGUAUUGACAUCAACAUUGCAAGGAAAGAAAUGGUCAUCCUUGGCACACAAUAUGCUGGGGAAAUGAAGAAAGGUCUCUUUGGUUUAAUGCACUACCUCAUGCCCAAGCGCAAUAUUCUCUCCCUACAUUCUGGGUGCAAUAUGGGCAGAGAUGGCGAUGUUGCACUCUUUUUUGGAUUAUCAGGUACUGGAAAGACAACUCUGUCUACCGAUCAUAACCGGUACUUAAUUGGAGAUGAUGAGCAUUGCUGGAGUGAAAAUGGAGUGGCAAAUAUUGAAGGAGGUUGCUAUGCAAAGUGUGUCGAUCUUUCAAAGGAUAAAGAACCAGACAUCUGGAAUGCCAUCAAAUUUGGGACAGUACUCGAAAAUGUUGUUUUUGAUGAGCAUACGCGAGAGGUAGAUUUCUCUGACAAAUCUGUGACCGAGAACACUCGUGCAGCAUAUCCUAUUGAGUACAUACCCAAUGCUAAGAUACCGUGUGUUGCUCCCCAUGCAAAGAAUGUCAUCCUUCUAGCUUGUGAUGCAUUUGGGGUGCUCCCCCCAGUAAGCAAGCUGAGCUUGGCCCAAACAAUGUACCAUUUCAUCAGUGGCUACACAGCCCUGGUUGCUGGGACAGAGGAUGGUAUAAAAGAACCACAGGCUACAUUCUCUGCUUGUUUCGGGGCAGCGUUUAUAAUGAUGCACCCUACCAAAUAUGCAGCAAUGCUAGCCGAAAAGAUGCAGAAGCAUGGGGCUACUGGAUGGCUUGUCAAUACUGGCUGGUCAGGAGGAAGUUAUGGAUUAGGCAAUCGGAUUAAGUUAGCGUAUACUAGGAAAAUCAUUGAUGCUAUUCACUCUGGGAGCCUUUUGAAUGCACAGUACACUAAGACUGAAGUGUUUGGGCUUGAGAUCCCAACAGCACUAGAGGGAGUCCCUUCUGAAAUCUUGGACCCUGUGAAUACUUGGUCUGACAAGAAGGCCUACCAAGAUACACGCUUGAAACUGGCAAGCUUAUUCAAGAAGAAUUUUGAUGGAUUCACGACCUACAAGAUAGGAGGGGAUCAGAAGUUGACUGAAGAGAUUGUCUCUGCUGGUCCUAUAUUCUGAUGAGAGCAUUUCCUAUUUAGCGAAAAAAAAAUGAAGUCCAAAAGCAUUCGGUUGAUUAUUUCUACUUAAAGGUUUUCACUGUAUUUAGCUUGCUUGACUAUAAGACGAUCCCUUUAUUAUUGACACUUCCGAGACAAUACACAAAUCUGUUAUUUUGCGAGCGUUUAAUUAUUGAAAUUUUCGGCCUUGUCAGGCUACAGUCCCUUA